AUGAGCUCGACGACGACGAUCGACGACAAGUCCCUUGACGACAGGAGCCUGGGCCCGGACGACGAUGUCUUUAGGCUGCGGCCGGAUCGGCUGUCGACGGCCGAGUCCCUCUGGGUGUCGGAGUCGCUCUCUGGCGUACGCGAGGCCGUGUUUGUGGCCGUCGUGUGCAUGGCGCAGUUUUGCACGCAGGCGGCCUUUAUGGGCACGCUGGUGCUCCUGCGCACCAUCGGCGACAGCUUCGGGGUGUCGUCGCCGCCGCGGCUGGCGUGGCUCGUGGGCGGCUACUCGCUGACGGUGGGCACCUUCAUCCUCUUCUCCGGGCGGCUCGGCGACGUCUUCGGCUACAAGCGCGUGCUGCUGGCGGGCCUGGCCUGGUUCUCGCUGUGGUCGCUGGUGGCCGGGCUCAGCGUCUACAGCAGCUACACGCUGGCGGUGCUCAGCCGGGUGCUGCAGGGCAUCGGCCCGGCCGUGUGCCUGCCCAACGCGCUGGCCAUCCUGGGCGCCGCCUACCCGCCGGGCCACCGCAAGGCCAUGGUCUUUGCGUGCUUCGGCGCCGUGGCCCCCGUCGGCGGCGUGGUGGGCGGCCUGUGCGCGUCGCUGCUGGCGCUGACCUGGUGGCCGUGGGCGCUGUGGGCCAUGGCCGCCUGGCUGGCGAUUCUGACCGUCGCCGGGUUCGCCGCCAUCCCCGACAUGCCGCCGCGCGAGGAGGCGCCGCGCACCUGGCGGGGCUGGGCCGAGACGCUGGACCUCGGGGGCGCGCUGCUCGGCGUCGUCGCCCUCGUGCUCUUCAACUUUGCCUGGACCCAGGCGCCCAUCAGCGGCUGGGCCACGCCCACCAUCCUCGUGCCGCUGGUGCUCGGGCUGCUGCUGCUGGGCGCCUUUGCCGUCGUCGAGUUCCGCGUCAGCAGCAAGCCGCUGGUGCCCUUUGACGCCGUCAACGCCGACGUGGCCUUUGUGCUGGCCGCCGUCGCCUGCGGCUGGGCCUCGUUUGGCGUCUGGACGCUGUACCUGGUGCAGGUGCUGCAGGACGUGCGCGGCCUGUCGCCGCUGCUCACCACGGCCUGGUUCCUCCCCGUCGUCUUCUUGGGCAUCUGCGCCGCCGUCGUCACCGGCAAGCUGCUGGGGCCGCUGCAGGUCCGGCCGCCCUAUGUCAUGGCCAUGGCCCUGCUCGCCUUCACCCUCGGCUCCGUCCUGACCGCCUCCACCCCGGCCGACCAGUCCUACUGGGGCCAGACCUUUGUGUCCAUGCUCGUCAUGCCCUUUGGCAUGGACAUGAGCUUCCCGGCCGCCACCCUGAUCCUGUCCGACGCCGUCCCCAAGCGCCACCAGGGCGUCGGCGCGAGCCUCGUCAACACCGUCGUCAACUACGGCAUCGCCUUGGGCGUCGGCUUCGCUGGCACCGUCGAGGUGCAGCUUCACGGACACGGGGACACGCCCGACGACCUGAUGAGGGGGUUCCGAGGGGCUCUAUAUAUGGGUGUUGGCCUGGCUGGCCUGGGCCUGGCUGUCAGUCUUUGGUUCGUCGCGCGGGAGCGCGUUUUAAAGAAGAGGGGUUGA